CAUCAGCUGAUUACUUGAUCAAACAACUAUAGUGUGACGGAAGAUAUCGUGUCGCAACGACAUUGUUCCACAUAAUCCUUAUAUACUCCAAAACUCCAAAACUCAGAAAUAGAUUCGCGCCGACUAGCGAUAUGACGACGUUUUCAUGUCCCCCACUUAUUUGCGCGCAUUCCACUGAAUUUAUUGGCACAAAGUAAAUGGUUAAGCGCCACCUAGUGCGCGCGCACAUGUAUAUUGGCGGUUAUUAUAGACGGUUGCUGCUGAUCUUGAUGUAGCUCGUGGGCUGUGGUGACUAACUGCAGUUGUCGAGAAUCGCGCGUGCGUCCACAUCCCACGUCAGUAGUGUGCCUGGGCUGGUAGUGCAUGUAUUGGCUUGACGGCGAGGAGAAGGUUGCAGUUCGCGGUGGUAGUUGCGGCUCGCGAUCGAUUCACGUCGAGAAUGAUGCUGAUAAAUUGGCAAGCAACAACAUGAGACUUUAUUUGUCUUGCGUCUACUGGAUGCUGCUCCUUAUCUCUGUUUUAUCAAGUACACUACUAUUUCUGCUGGUUGCCUCAGAAAACCCUCAGAACAAAUUCAUCGGCCCGGAUAGACAUCAGUCUGUCAUGCAAGAUGGAAAUUCAAGUGUCAAUCACGAUCCUCUAGAACAGUUUGGACUGGGCUCUAUGCCUAGACUUAAAAUUCCUUCAUCUUUAAAGCCCAAAUUGAAAGAGCAAGACUUUGAAUCAGCAUUCUCAGCAAGCUUUAAUGGUAUUGACAAGAGCGAUGAAUUUAAAGUACCUGAAGAGAUAGAGAUCCUGAAGGAGAGUUUAAUCCAGCAACCAAAUCUUUCCCAGGAAAUCUCCGAGGGGGGUCAAGCAGUCGUGGUGACCCUCGUCGACACAGCAACGGCUUUGCAAGACAUAGCAGCGGAUCGCGCGGACUUCCGGCCAAAGCAGCAGCAGCAAGCCGAGGGCAACGCCUCCGAAAGCCGCUCGCGUCUAUCGCAGCAGCAGCUCCUCGAUGCGAAUACCACGAGCGAUGACGCGGCAUUGCUCAACGACGACAGCGUCGUGGUCGUCAGGGCCGAGCAGAAGUCGUUCUCGAUCGACGACGAUGUCGCGGAGAGCAGUGUCACGCUCGAACGUCAGCAGCUGCUGGAGGAAAACAGCGGCAGCGCGCAGGUGCCGACAACUGCGCCAGACUUAAACGACAGCGCGGCGAGAGCCAGGUUGACGAAUGACGACGGGAGCGCUGCUGCCAUACUCGACGGAUUGGUCACAGCUGGACCGACCGAGCCGCACGAGGAAAUACCGAGCUUUAAUGAAUGGGCGCAGAAGCGGCUGGAGGAGGCGGAAAAGAAAAAAAGUGAGUUUAAACGCGUCGUUUCACACCCGAACGCCUCAGUACAAACGGCCAGCGGUUCACCAGGUCGCGGCCUCGGCAGCAUGCGGAUGCGUUCGAAGAAUUACGCCUCGCCGGAUUGCGGUGCCAAGGUCGUCGGGGCCAAUCCCGAAUCAAGUGGCGUUAGAAAUAUCUUGGUGUCCACGAGGGAUGAGUACAUGCUGAACGCAUGCACCAGUCGCGUGUGGUUCGUCGUUGAACUCUGCGAGGCCAUACAAGCUAAGAAGAUCGAGCUUGCAAACUUUGAAUUAUUCAGCUCGUCUCCAAAGGAUAUUGCAGUCUACGUAAGUGAUCGCUUUCCAACGAGAGAAUGGUCGAACGUCGGUCACUUUACAGCCCGAGACGAACGCGACGUACAGAGCUUCAACUUACAACCCCACCUCUUUGGCAAAUUCAUCAAGAUCGAGCUAUUGUCACACUACGGUUCCGAGCAUUUCUGUCCAAUCUCGUUAUUUCGUGUUUAUGGUACUAGCGAAUUCGAGGUGUUGGAGACGGAAACCGAACAUGUCGACGAGAACAGGAGCGAGAUUAACCCUGAAGCAAUUGAUGCUACAGGCAGCAAUAUAGCAAGCGAAGAUGACGAUGAUGAGCCAAUGUUCGUCGACGAGGACGAAAACAAUAUCGAUCAACCAAGUCACAUAUUCGGCAGUGCUCGAGACGCCGUAUUGAGUAUAGUUAAAAAAGCCACUUCGGUACUGGUCAAAAGUGAGGAUCUCAAGCCAACUAACAACAUUACCAAGAUUCAAGAAAACAUUCGAGGCGAUGUUCUCGAAGAUGAGACGCUCGAUGACUGUACUACGCCAAUUUACAACGUCGCUUGUCACGAUUGCGACGAUGAUAGAUUCGCCAGGGUAUUUCAAUUGAUUAGUUGCAAAAGACAUUAUUUGGAGUCGCUGCUGAAUACAGAUUUCGUACUAGAGACGCUGGAUAAGAGUCACCUUUGCAGUAGUAGUUCGGGUUUCGAUUUUAGAUUCGACGACGAAACUUGUAUGGAUAGUAAUAAAGCAUUAGAAACGCGACUAAGCGAAGUAUCCAAGUACUAUCUUCAAGCGCAAUUUCUCUCGUCAUUCUUUACUCCCGACUACAUAAUUGCAUUAUGUAACGUAUUAGCUGCUCGAGAGCAACGACUAUUUGCCAAUACAAGUCAUCAGGAGCAACAACAGCAGUCUAAUGACAAAGCACCAAAUGAUACUGAGAAAGAUAUUCAAGUGCCAUUGCGAACGAAAGAUGAGAAGGUUACGUCGACGAGACAUGCUGAAGUUCCUAUUGCUGAUACUCACAGGGCGAAAGCUGAGAUACCUAUCAUCAAGUCCAAGUUAGAUAGUGCUACGGAAUCUGUGAGCGAGAGCUUGAUUGUACAGUCCUCUUUCCCCGCACAGAUCAAACCGACCAAAACUACAUCGCUGAAUGUUGACGACACAAAGAAACGAAACGUCGUAAUAAAUCUCGAGUCGAGUAAAAGUCAUUCAUCGGACGAUGUCACAUCGGAAACCUCAUUUACUCCAGUACCCAACGAUACCAAGCGAACAGGUUCUACAUCACAAAAGACCAAUGGUCGAUCGCAGGAUCACGUCCAAUCACCAGCAGUGCCUCAAGAAAAAUUAACAUCGCGAGAAGUCCCGAAACCAUCGAAGGCUUCUACGCAAAACGUUGAUAAUAUACAGAAAGUAGGUGAUAAGAAUGUAGUAAAUGAAGUGGAAGCGAAAAGCGAAGUAAAAGAAGCGGAAAUGAAAACAAAGACGGAGCCUGUUGAGCAAGAUGUAAAAGCUGUACCACAUGAUCAAUUGAAUUUUGACGGUUUUGAUUUUGAUGUCGAUAGUCUGCAAGGUAAUGGAGCAGGCAAAAAUGAUGCUUCGGUGACUCAGCAAACAGCCAGUGCUGCGACUCCGCAGCAGAAAGAGUCUGUCUUUCUUAGACUUUCUAACAGAAUUAAGAUUCUUGAACGCAACAUGUCGCUAAGCAGCCAAUACCUCGAAGAAUUAAGUCGCCGUUACAAAAAGCAAGUAGAAGAGAUGCAACGCUCGCUAGAACGAGCAGUUACAGCAAUGACAGAAGAAUCCCGUAAGGGCGAAGAGCGCGAAAAUAAACGAGUUGAAGAAGUAGCAGCGCUUAGAAAUCAAAUUGAAAAUCUGACAAAAAUACUCGAUGAUCUAGUGUAUGAACGUAAUAGCUGGCGAUUCAAUCUGUCAUCGCUCAUGCAAAAUUCGUUAAUUGUUGUUGUGGAUGUCGUACUUGUGAUACUCAUAAUUUCAUACUGUAAGAGAACAGAUGACAAUGAUUAUUACGACGUAUCAGUGGAAGAUAGUGACGGAGUAGUUAUAAGGCCGAAAACUAUCAAUAAAGCCUAUGAAACUAUAAAACAAAAUUGCAAGCAACUUUUGAAGAAACCCAAGAAACGGCGACCUAGUGAGAUUGCAGCGCAGGUUACCGGAACGUACGAACAGCUGAUGAUUGAGGACGGAGUACAGUUGUCGAAGAAAGACCGACGUAAACGACGAAAGCGUGAAACUGUUGUAGUGAAAUCUUCCAUUAAGGAGGGCGAUAAAGAACUGAAAUUACCCUCCAGAAGUGCGUCCGUCGGCGAUGCACUCUACGCUUUAAGCCAAAACAAUGAGAACUACAACUCGAAGAUGCACAAUAGAACUGAUUCGGCACCUGACAGUGCUAUAACGUAUUUUCAUAAUGAUGAGUCAUAUCAACCACAGCAGGAUAAGAGAGUACAGAUUCUUACCAUAGAUGUGAGUAAUGGCGAAUCGACCAAAACAGACGAGGAAUGUAGCAACAGGGGAUUGAAUACUUCAUUUUCAUAUGAUGAUGAUGCAUAUGAAUCUACUGGCAACAGUUCAACUAGUUUCCAUUUCAAGGCCAAAAAGCUGUCUUCUCCUUCGUUCAUGAAAACAGCCUUAGUUUCGAGAAGUAAGCGAAUAUCCUUCUCGGGAAGCGCAAAAAAACAAACGGGAUGUCUCAAUGAUGGAGACAAUAAUUUGACAACUUUAGGAAUCGCUAACGGCCGGACGACCAACGGUUUAACAGAAGAAAGUGACGAGUCAAGAGCAAGUAGCGCAACUCCGUCAAGUUGGCAUAAGAAGGAAAAAAAAACUAAUGGCCUGAAGAAAAUGAAUCGUCAGCAAAUGAGCUAAAGACCAUCAAUGUCUGAAAUGAUAAAGUAAAUUUACACAAACCUUUUGAAUUAAUUCAAUUUUAAGAGAAAGAAUAAUAAAAAUUACUUUAAUUAUAAGGGGGAUGUGGUAUAUGAUUCAAACACGAUAGAAAACAUAAAGAAUUAAAUUGAUAUACGAUAUCAAGAAAAAAAUUACGAGUUCAUAUUAAAUAGUUUCCAUCUGUAAGUGAAAUGUUAUGUAAUUUUUAAGGGAAUGAAAUAAUUUUAUGUGAUUUUAAAUGGCUUUUGUUGAUUUUAGUACGCUAAUUUGUACAUUUUAUGAAGAAAUAUACUGUGAUAUCUUUCACAUAAAAUAUAAAGUAUGGAGAAUCAGGAUAGAUUAGCAGUGAAGUUAGCUGAAAUUAAACGUUUCAAUAUGUGCAUUUAUAAAAAUGAAUUUUUUCUAUACGUUGAAUUAUAUUCAUAUACUAAUUAAGUAUCUGACAUAUAUGGUAUAAUAAGUAAAUGAUGUAUAUAUUUCUUUGCCUGCAGUAGUAGUGUAUACUUUUAAAGAUUAUUUUCUGUGAUGACACAUUCAAGCGUGAGAAUAGAAUACGAUUUUCAAAAUCAGAAGUAUUAGUCAUGAAUAGAGAAUAAAUAUUUGAAUUUAAUGUAGUACAUUAAUAAUGGAUUGAUUAUUAACGCCUUGGUAAAAGUGCGCAAUUAAAUCGAAAGCAAGUAAAAACAAUUAUAUGACUAAAAUUUUAGACGUUAAUAUAUUCGACUACAAAAGAUUUUAAGGAAUAAAUAGAAAAAUGUCCUAUGAGAAAUAUAAAAGUUUUGGUAACUGAAUAAUCAAGAGGCUUUAUUUAUUUAUUUAUUAUAUUUAUUAGGAUAUUUAUCGAAAUAGAUAACAUUAAACCAUAAUAAAAUCAUUGUAUUGCUCAAAAUAAUUUGUAUACAAGAAAUUUUAUUAUUUUUGUGUUAUAUAAAGAAAAUGAGUUUCUAUUUCUUGUACUAUUUUUAUAACAUCGAAUAGAAUAAAAGUGGUAAACUGAAGAGAAUCUUUCAUUAAAAGCUGUCAAGUGAAAAAAGGUGCAUCUUCCUAUUCGUUGAUUUUAUGGCGAUAACUUCUGAUACUACAAUCGAAGUAUAUAUACGCACACAAUAUAUAUUACAAUCGUAGGUUGUAAGAAUUUUAGUACGUACUGUCUAUGCCAAAUGAUGUUUUUUCACAGUUUUUAAAUUGAGCGUUUGUAUUGUGAAUAUUGUGUGAUUUUAUGAGCAGUGUAUUUAUAUGCUACGCUGAUGGUAAAAAUGAAAAAGUUUAAAUUCAAACUUUCAAUGCCAAUCAAUUGUGAGGAAUUAUAAAAACCAACACGACGAAAAAUAUAACUUAAAAGUGUAUAACCAGACAUUCUAGCAGAAUAAAUAUACACGUGAUAAUUAGUUGAAAUUAUAUACUGGUUUUUCAUUACUACCACUUUGUAAUUUAUAUUUUAACUAGUCCUAAUUAAAUGAAACAUUCCGACGGAAAAAGAAUUAGAUAUUUUUGGAGUAGAUUUAUGUAAAGUAAAAGUGCGUUUCAAUUGUUUAUUCUAAAUUUUGAGAUGUUUCACAUAAAUUUAGAAAUCAGUAGAAAUUUACACGAUAUCUGUUUAGAACGAAAUCCAAUAUUUCUGUUUUAAUUUGUAAUCAUACUGGUUUACUAGUAAGUGAAUCGAAUAAUGAGAUAUCGAUAAGUUAGCGUUCUGAAACGUGAUCGGUUAUAUACAUUUAUUAUUAAGAAACUUUCUAUCUCUAAACUUGUUUUAGUAACUCAUUUUUAUCUUCCAAAUACUUUCAUAUCUAUAGAUAUUUAUACUACAACUAUUCAUCAAUAUGACCUAUCGCUAGUUUAUAUAAUUUUGUUAUAUUCAUUUGAAAAAUAAAAGUGUUAUUUAAAAAAGUGGACCCUAUAACUU